CGCCGGGCGCCGGGCGUGCGCGGCGGGAGCCCCGGGCCGCCCCUUCCCGUCGCGGCCCGCGGAGCGGGCAGGGGGCGGGCGCAGCUCCACGGCCGCCGCUGGAGCCGCUCCCGCAUCGCGCCCGGCAGCAGCGGGAGCCCGGCAGCCCCUCGGCCGGCUCCGUGCGCCGCCGGGCCUGAGCGCCGAGCGCCGGCUCCGACAUGUCCGGCAAGAUCGAGAAAGCAGAUUCUGAGCGUUCCCAUCUCUCCUCAUUCACCAUGAAGUUGAAGGGCAAGUUUCAUUCACCAAAAAUAAAGAGAACACCCUCAAAGAAAGGAAAGCAAGCUGACCUGACAGUGAAAACACCAGAGAAGUCAGUGAACAAAAAUGUAUCAUGGCUAGAGGAAAAGGAGAAGGAGGUUGUCAGUGCACUGCGCUACUUUAAGACUAUUGUGGACAAAAUGGCAAUUGAUAACAAAGUCUUGGAGAUGCUGCCAGGCUCAGCAAGUAAAGUGCUGGAAGCCAUCCUGCCCUUGGUGCAAAUUGACCCACGCAUCCAGCAAAGUUCUGCCAUCUCAUCCUGCUACAGCCGAGUGUACCAGAGCCUGGCCAACCUCAUCCGCUGGUCUGAUCAGGUGAUGCUGGAGGGGGUGAACUCAGAGGACAAGGAGAUGGUGACAACAGUGAAGGAUGUCAUAAAAGCUGUUCUGGAUGGAGUCAAGGAGCUGGUCAGACUCACGAUUGAAAAGCAGGAGCAUCCCUCUCCCACAAGCCCAGUUAAACCCAGUUUACCAGCAUGUAAAUCUGACAGCCCAUCAGAACUUCCCCUUACGGACCGAGAAAUGGAGAUCCUCAACAAAACAACCAACAUGACUCAAUCCAACGAGCUGCUGACUGACUCCAUGGAUGAAGAAGUUGCACCUCCUAAACCCCCUCUGCCCAGCAUUCGUGUGGCAGAGAACAGCCCUCCACCAGCAUUGCCCCCCAAGAAACGUCAGUCGGCGCCUUCCCCAACCAGAGUGGCUGUUGUGGCCCCCAUGAGCAGAGCUACCAGUGGGUCCAGUUUGCCUGUUGGGAUCAACAGACAGGAUUUUGAUGUUGACUGCUAUGCCCAGAGGAGGUUGUCAGGUGGAAGCCACUCCUAUGGGGGGGAGUCUCCUCGGCUCUCCCCGUGCAGCAGCAUUGGCAAACUGAGCAAGUCUGACGAGCAGCUCUCCUCCCUGGACCGCGACAGCGGGCAGUGCUCCCGCAACACAAGCUGUGAAACCCUGGAUCAAUCGGAUCACUAUGAUCCAGACUAUGAAUUCCUGCAGCAGGACCUCUCCAACACUGAUCAGAUACCUCCUCAGGGCCCGAGUGUCCUCAGCCCAUUGCCAGAGUCCUUGGGUGAGUCUGGCUCCCCUUUCCAUGGACACACUUUCCAGCUCCCGCAGGGCACCUCUCCUCCACUGGAAUUCUGCGGCCACUCGGGAGCAGCACAGCCAACAGAGACUCCCCCAGCUUUGCCAGAGAAGAAGAGGAGGAGUGCAGCCUCCCAGACUUCAGAUAACUCGGGCUGCAGGGUGUCCUACGAGAGGCACCCGUCCCAGUACGACAACAUCUCCGAGGACGACCUGCAGAACGCCGUGGUUGUCCCCUCCAUGCCCUUCACGCCCUUUGCUGCUGUUCUGCCUUUCCAGCAAGGAAACUCUUCAGCACCAGUGGAAUUCAUUGCUGAUUUUGCUGCUCCAGAUUCAAACAGUGACCCAGAAAAGCCGCCACCUCUGCCAGAGAAGAAAAGCAAACACAUGAUGGCCUACAUGCAGUUUGUGGAAGACUACUCAGAGCCACAGCCGUCCAUGUUCUACCAGACCCCUCAGAACGAGCACAUCUACCAGAAGAAGAACAAGUACCUCAGGGAAGUCUAUGGGAUCAAUGACUCCUUUAUCAGCUUAGACUCCUCUCAAGAUCUGGCACCUCCUCCUGCUCUCCCACCCAAGCAGCGGCAGCUGCAGGCCUCCUAUGCUGCCUCUUCUUUCUCUUCUGUCUCCUACUGUGUCCAGCAACCUAAAGUGCCCUUCACCCCCGAGGACUGCGGUGCCACUCAGGGCCUCACUAUGUCAGUCUCUAACUCCUUUCUCAGCCGGCACAGCUCCUUCCCUGUGCACUCGUACAAAUCUGUGUUUAGGUCCUACUCCCAGGACUUUGUGCCUCACAACCAAGUCUCCAUACCUCCUUUCCUCUCUUCUACCUCCUCCUGCUCCACUCCACCUUUUCCACCCGUCCAUCUGUCCCAGAGCCCCGACCUAGCGGUGCCCGCUGCAGCCAGCCAGUCACCCAGCACUGUGGAUGUGCCAAACUCCUCUUCUCAGGAGAGCAGCUUUAAUGGGAAUGCUCCUGUCUGCCUUCCUUCUGAAACCUCUUUCACUGAUUCUCUCCAGACGCCUUCGAGUGAAAACGCCAGUGAGGAGGCUGGUGAGGGUGAAUAUGUCAAUCUGUAUUCCUCUGGCCAGAGCAACGGGGAACUCCCAGGCUCUGAAGGAGAAUCUCCCCCUGUCAAAGACAGCCACUCCAAAGACUCGGCUUUGAACAGCAGUGCCACGGGCAAGGAGGGCAAAGAUGGUGCUGAAAGGCAGCCGCAGUCACCAGAUGCUUUGGAGUCAUCACAGCUGGAGGAAGAGGUAGAUGAGCUGUCCCUUAUUGACCACAGUGAAAUCAUGUCUAGAUUAACACUGAAGCAAGAGGGGGAUGAUGGGCCAGAUGUCCGUGGUGGAUCUGGAGACAUUCUGUUGGUGCACGCCACGGAGACCGACAGGAAAGAUCUGGUGCUGUACUGUGAAGCCUUUCUGACUACAUACAGGACAUUUAUUACCCCUGAAGAGCUCAUCAAGAAGCUGCAGUACAGAUAUGAGAAGUUUUGCCACUUCCCGGACACGUUCAAGAAGAGAGUCAGUAAGAACACCUUCUUCGUGCUGGUGCGAGUGGUGGAUGAGCUGUGCUUGGUGGAGUUGACAGAGGAAAUCCUCAAGCUGCUGAUGGACCUGGUGUUCCGGCUGGUCUGCAGCGGGGAGCUGAGCCUGGCCCGAGUGCUGCGCAAGAACAUCCUGGAUAAAGUGGAUCAGAAGAAAAUGCUGAGCUACGCCAACUCCAUCAAACCUCUCGCGGCCAGAGGGGUGGCAGCCAGGCCAGGGACACUGCAUGAUUUCCACAGUCAUGAAAUAGCUGAGCAGCUGACCCUGCUGGAUGCUGAACUCUUCUAUAAAAUCGAGAUCCCAGAAGUUCUGCUUUGGGCAAAGGAACAAAAUGAAGAGAAGAGUCCCAACCUGACACAGUUCACAGAGCACUUUAAUAACAUGUCCUACUGGGUCCGUUCAAUAAUCAUGCUACAAGAGAAAGCCCAGGACCGAGAGAGGCUGCUCCUUAAAUUUAUAAAGAUUAUGAAGCACUUACGAAAGCUGAAUAAUUUUAAUUCCUAUCUGGCCAUUCUUUCUGCACUGGAUUCUGCACCCAUCCGAAGGCUGGAGUGGCAGAAGCAAACCUCAGAGGGCCUGGCUGAGUACUGCACCCUGAUCGACAGCUCCUCCUCCUUCCGCGCCUACCGAGCGGCCCUGGCCGACGUGGAGCCCCCCUGCAUCCCCUACCUAGGCCUGAUUCUGCAGGACCUGACCUUUGUCCAUCUGGGAAACCCUGAUUACAUCGACAGCAAAGUGAACUUUUCCAAGCGCUGGCAGCAGUUUAACAUCCUGGACAGCAUGAGGUGCUUCCAGCAAGUACAUUACGACAUCAAGAGGAACGACGACAUAGUGUCAUUCUUCAACGACUUCAGCGACCACCUGGCUGAGGAGGCCCUGUGGGAACUGUCUCUGAAAAUCAAACCUCGCAACAUCACGAGGCGGAAAACAGAUCGGGAAGAGAAAACCUAGGAGGAGGGGUUGUGUGAGGAGAAUCGCUCCGCAGAGGCGCCGAGGGCAGCUAUGAGACUGGAGUUCAAUGUUUGUACCUGUCACUGGAUGACACACCCUCCCUCCCAGCUGGCAGCCAUCCCUGGGGGUGGGAAUGCCGGGCGCGGAGGCGCCGGCGCAGCCGCCGAGGGCAGAGAUCGGCCGGUGCUCGCUGCACUCGCCCUCCUUCUCCUCCCGUCCCUCUGUGCCAUGAACCAGCUUGAACCCCGGGGACAGAGCUGUGUGGAAGGAGUGUCCCACGCAAGCGUGUUGCUGGUUUGCUGGCCUGUUGCAUUCAGGUGUACCCUGGCUCUUGUUCCCAUCCAGAGCAGGGGCAGCAGGAGCUCAGCACCCACUGACUCAUCUCCGGAGCGGCGUCGGGCAGCAGCGGCCGUGGAAGCCAAGGGUUGGAGUCUCCCCUGCAAUGCCACCUUCCCAACGUGUUCGUGAGGAUGGAAGUGUCUCCUGCUGCCUGCCAGAGGAGCUCUGCUUCCAGAGAGCUGCUUGUGUUUACAGGGGUCUCGGCUCACCCCAGAUCUCUGGUGCCUUCUUCGCGGGAGGAAGGCACCGGUCGUAGAUACGGAAGAGGCACUGAAAAUGUGGGCAGGGACCCGCCAUCUCCAGUCAUCACACCCCCCUCCUCCUCUCAGAUCUCGUUAUUUAAGCAACAGUAAAUCCCUCUGAACCUGGAAACAUGGACUGCCCAGGUACUGGGGGUCACCUGCCUGUGACCCCGUGUCUCUUAGCGAUGGUACUUAGCUUUUGCACAGGAAAUGCUGUAGGAUACAGACUGUACAUACCUAGUGUUUAGAACCCCCUGGGGAUUUUUGAUGCAUGUCUGAAUACCGAUGAGUUUAUAGGGAAAAAAAAAAAAGACAAGUGCAAACCAGUCUGUAUAAAAUCCACAACCAGUGACAAUGUUGUUCCGAGUGCUGGAUAAAGGAGGCUCGGGGCAGCCACGUGGGCACUGGCUGCAGAGCAGGGGCAGGAGCCUUGUGAAGGAACCAAUUCUGGGUUGGAAGUGGGAACCAGGAAGGAGCCCUGUGCCCAGCUGAGCCACCCUGUCCUCCCACCUAGUCCUCUCCCCUCUCUGUUUUGCCAAAUGUUUUUCUCUGGGGGUCCCUGUUGGGACCCUCAGAGCUGUGCUUUGAGAGCUGUGCUUUGGCAGGACCCCCAGCAAGUCCCUGUCCCCAGUCCCACCAUGCUGGUGCCAGCAGGGCAGGGACAGCCCAGCAUGGAAGGGCAAGGCAGGGGUGUCAUUUCCCACACACACAGUGUUAACCCCAAUCUGUUCAGUGUGCCUUAUUCAGCCCUUCUGUCCCCCCUCUGUGUCCCACCCAGCACAGCCCCAGCCAGGCCAUCUCACAUCACUGCUCCAGUGGUUUGCAGUUGGAUCGUGGGUGUGAGUGUGCCCUGCAGUUUUCAGCAGCCUUGCCAGACCCUCCUCAGCUCCCUGUCACAUGGUCACAGGUUUUUACAGGGCUCUGACAAAAUCCUGCAGGUUUAGGGCAGCAGCUCCCAAGGAAUACAGACAUGGAGUUUCACAGAGCAUCCUUAACUUACUUCUCAAUAGCAGCUCUGUGCCUGCUAAAGCCUCUGUUUGUUCUGGGUGAAUCAGAGCUGCACUCCUUUCCUUCUCCAAACAGAUUGCAAAGCCUUGGCCAGCUCUGCCUGACUCUCAGGAGGGAGUGACAGCCCGGGGUUUUACCCAGCUUGGUUAUUUUCCUGAAGACUCAGGCACGAGGCUCACACAGUGGCCAAGCACAGAGGCACCCCCUGGCCAUGAGGGCAUCUGGGGGAGGGGAGUGUGGGAUCCAACACAGUUCUGUGCAGCCCCAGAGCAGGAGGAGCAGGAAUUUUUUGUGCUGAACCACGGUGUCUGAGCCAGAACACUUCAAAAGUGGUUUAUUUUCAUGGCACUGAGGGCAUUGGAGCUGUGUGUUCUGUCCAGCCAAGGCUUUGCAAUCCCCAGAGGCUUCCCAGGAACUAAUAUCCACGUUUCCUUUGUAAGCAAGAUCUCUUAAAAGCCCAGCAUGGUGAAAAGGGUGAUGAAUACACCCAGGAUGUGGUGUGGGCUUCACCCUGGUGGCUCUGAGCAGCCCUUGGGUGCAGUGGCCAGGCUGUCCUGGGAGGGCUGUGUGUGCUGGUGGCUCUGGGGGUUCAGAGGGACAGGAGGGGGCAGCUUGUCUUCAUCCAGCUGAGUGACUGUGUCACACGAGGGGUGAGCCAGUGGCUCUUGGGUGGGGCACACAGGACACCCCAAAAAUGGCAGUGACUGGGGUUCCACAGGGCUCCACUCCUGGCCCUGUGCUCUUCACCAUCUUCACUGACAACCUGGACACAGGGCUGGAAGGGAUCCUAAGGAACUUUGCUGACAACACUAAAUUUGGGCACCUAUAUAAAAGAAGAUAUUAAGCUAUUAGAGAGUGUCCAGAGGCCGUAAGGAUGGGGAAGGGUCUGGAGGGGCCUUGUGAGGAGCAGCUGGUGGCACUUGGUUUGUUCAGCCUGGAGGAGACUGAGGGCAGACGUUGUGGUCUUCAGCAGCCUCACGAGGGGCAGGUGCAGAUCUCUUCACUUGUGAGCAGUGACAGGACCCGGGGGAACGGCUGCAGCUGUGUCAGGAGGUUUAGGUUGGAAAUCAGGAAAAAGUUCUUCCCCGAGAGGGUGGUGGGGCACUGUGAACAGGCUCCCCAGGGCAGUGGUCCCAGCACCAAGCCUGUCUGAGAUCAAGAAGCGUUUGGACAGUGCUCUCACGUGGUGGGGUUUUUGGAUUGUCCUGUGCAAGGCCAGGAUUUGGGCUCAGUGACCUUGAUGGGUCCCUUUCAAGUCAGCAAAUUCUGUGAUCCUGUGAUCCCCAACCAGCGGGAGCCAUUUCCAGGUGCUUCCCUGCACUUGAGCCCACAAGCCCAGGUAGCACCAAAGGAGGUCUUGGUCUCUGCCGUUUGCCAAGCCCCCAGAGCCAGAGGCUCAGCCCAUGGCAUGAGGAUGGGAGGUCUGAGUGCCCCCCAGCUUUCCCCCUCUUCACCCCUUCCUCUGCUGUCAUCCCCAGCUGAGCAGUGUCCCAGCCACAGCUCCUGGCUCGUGUCCCACCCUCAGGCCAGGCUCUCGGGGCUGGAGGGACCCUAGAGGAGGGUCCCUUUGCCUGGAGCAGCUUCAGGUUUGCUGACCAGAGACCCCCGAUCUCCAGGAGCAGUGCCUGGGGAGCAGAAACCCAGAACAUCCUUGUGCAAGACUGGCCAUGAGCAUGUUCCCGUCCUGCAGGCAGCAUCCUCAAGGCCAUCACCUCUUUUUGGGGAGAGGGAAGAGUCUGAGUCCCCUCUCCACUCGGGGCAGGGAGUGGGGAGAAGCGAUGCCCCCUGUCACCAGCCCCCUGCCCCAGGCCUCCCCCCCAAGCAGUUCCGUUGUAUUAUAGAUUUACCACUAACCCCAUGGUGGCAUCUUCCUGCGAACAUUUCAGACCUGUAACUUUUAUAUUAAAGACAAAUAAAACACCAAUAACGAGCCUGCCUGAUGAUCCUGUUUACAGUGCAUGCACAGUCUGUGGAUUAAAGUGACAAUCGAAUCC